CUCUCCUCUCUCUCUCUCUCUCUCUCUCUCUCUCUCUCUCUCUCUUCCCCCCCUCCCUUGCACACACACUCCCUUCUCUCCGCAAGCAGCGACGCAGACUCUCCGGAGCUGGUCACCACCACCGAACAUCUGUCACAACCAUCUCAACUUAAGUCAUCAUGGAGCUAGACUUUGGACAUUUUGACGAGCGAGACAAGGCAUCCCGUAACCCGCGCGGCGGGCGCCUGAAUGGACUUCCCAGCCCGACCCACAGCGCCCACUGCAGCUUCUACCGCACGCGCACUCUGCAGGCCCUCACCAAUGAGAAGAAGGCCAAGAAGGUGCGCUUCUACCGCAACGGAGACCGCUACUUCAAGGGCAUCGUGUACGCCGUGGCCAACGACCGAUUCCGCACCUUCGACUCGCUCCUGGCCGACCUCACGCGCUCUCUUUCGGACCACAUCAACUUGCCACAAGGUGUCCGCUUCAUCUUCACUAUCGAUGGCAUGCGCAAGAUCGAUUCGAUGGAUGAGCUAGAGGAAGGCGAAAGCUAUGUUUGUGCAUCAGAGAACAUCUACAAGAAAGUCGACUACACGAAGAACGUCAACCCCAACUGGUCCGUGAACGUAAAGGCCUCGGCGAGUCAGAAGAGCAUGCAAGCCUUCGCUGCCAAAGCCGCUGCCGAUGCCAGAGAGGGAAAGGACUUUGUUCGACCCAAGCUAGUGACGGUGAUGCGCAGCGGCGUGAAACCACGCAAGGCUGUGCGCAUCCUGCUCAAUAAGAAGACGGCGCACUCCUUCGAGCAGGUGCUCACCGACAUCACAGAGGCCAUUAAGCUUGAAAGUGGUGUGGUCAAGAGGAUCUACACACUUGACGGGAAGCAGGUUACCUGCCUCCAAGAUUUCUUUGGAGAGGACGAUGUCUUCAUUGCUUGUGGACCAGAGAAAUUCCGCUACGCCCAGGACGACUUCUCUCUGGACCAGGACGAAUGCCGGGUGAUGAAGGUAGCCAAAGCUCAACGUGGAUCCAUCAGGAGUCCUGGUCCCAUCAGGCGCAUCAAGUCUCCUACUGAAUCAACCAACGGGACGGGCUCCAGCAGCCAGCUCUCCACCCCGAUUUCCAAGCAUUCCCCCACCUCCACCCCCAACAGUCCAGGCCUCAACAACAAGCAGAAGGAUCUCUACUUGCCCUUAUCUCUGGAUGACGAGGACUCUCUCGGCGAAUCGAUGUAGACUCUCCUCCUGCAGCCAACGUCCUUUUUGGCCUGAAACACAGAAGUUUUUAUACCUCUGCUGCGUUCCGCCUUCACUCACAGUGCCACCUGUUGUCUAGGAGAACCAUCAUUUGUCUCUUUAAGGCCUUAGCCACCAGGGCUACGACACCAUUUGCUGCUUGAGAAUAACACAAACCACUUUCUUUUUUCUUUUAUUACUCUUUUUAAAUCCAUUUGUAACAAUCCGCUCACCGAUGUUCAGACGUACGUUUCCAUGUGAGAGUUGGUCG